AACUUAUAGUAUCAUCAAACAUAAUACAAGUCUCUAGGAACUACUACAAAGUAAACUCUCCCUAUAUGGCUUCCUCCUCUCUCCUUGGUGUCCUUCUAGUUGUUUCUUUGGUUGUCGCGGCCUUGGCCGCGGGUAACCUCAACCAAAAUUUCGAUAUCACUUGGGGUGAUGGUCGUGCUAAGAUUCUUAACAAUGGCCAACUUCUUACACUAUCCCUUGACAAGGCCUCCGGCUCUGGCUUCCAGUCUAAGAAUGAGUACCUAUUUGGUAAAAUCGAUAUGCAAAUCAAGCUUGUUGCGGGAAACUCUGCCGGCACAGUAACCGCUUAUUAUUUAUCAUCUCAAGGACCUACACAUGAUGAAAUAGACUUUGAAUUCUUGGGUAACGUCAGCGGUCAACCAUACACUCUUCACACCAACGUUUUCAGCCAAGGCAAAGGUGGCCGGGAACAGCAAUUCCGCCUUUGGUUUGACCCCACUUCCGACUUUCACACCUACUCCAUCCUCUGGAAUCCUCAAAGGAUUGUAUUUUCUGUGGAUGGCACACCACUGAGGGAAUUCAGGAAUAUGGAAUCCAUGGGAGUGGCAUUCCCAAAGAAUCAACCAAUGAGGAUAUACUCGAGCCUAUGGAACGCGGAUGAUUGGGCAACACAAGGUGGACGAAUCAAGACCGAUUGGUCUAAGGCUCCAUUUACAGCGUCAUACAGGAACUUCAACGCGGAUGCGUGUGUUGCAUCCAACGGAAGAUCUUCCUGCAACUCUGCAUCAUCUUGGAUGAACCAAGAGCUUGAUGCCACCAGCCAGAGAAGAAUGCAACAGAUGCAGAAAAACUACAUGAUUUACAACUACUGUACUGAUACUCCAAGGUUUCCUCAGGGUUUUCCUAAAGAGUGUACUGUCUCUCAGUAAUAAGCUGAUACCAUCAGAAAGUGAUUCUGUUUUACUCUGACUGCAAGUUUUGCUGUUGUAAUCUUUUAUAGUACUAGUAAUAUGUUUUGAGUUUUUCUUUCUUGUUAUGUAGUGAUUUGUUAUUGUACAAAAUGGAAUAUGAAUAAGAUGAUUAUUCUUUUAUUAUAAA